CUGAUCACAACUGCUGGAUUGGUCCUGUCCUGGACUUCUAUUUCGGCAGGCACUGUAGCUGACCUUUCGUUCCUCGCACUCGUUUGCACCCGAGGCGACUUUAUGGCAUAUGAGUAGCUGUACAUGGUACGUCGAGUAAUCUGUGUAGCUUGUAUCGCUCAAUAGCCAAAGUGCUCGCCAUGCGCACCAGCCGGCCGCCUCUCAGCGCGUACAGCAACAGCAGGCAUGGCUACGGCUAUGGAUCUGCAGCUGUCAGCCAGGGACCGCGCCCGGCGUCACGCGGGCUGCUGCCUGUUCGCUCGGGCACUACGGUGCCCAGGGCGUUUGCGAGCCCGAGCUCGGCCUACUCGGCCCGACCUGUCCUGCUGGAGUCGCGCAGCCUCUCCCCACGGAGUGGCUCUGUGCCGUCGGUGCUCGCUGGCAGCGGUGGCCGGCGCCCCAUCGCCCCCGCCGUCCCCCCGCCUUCCAGCCGGCAGCUGGAGCAGGCGGCUGCUGGGGGCGGCGGCGCCAGCAGCAGCAGCCGUGGCGAAGGCCGCAUGGGCGGACGCGGCAGAGGGCGUGGUGGCUUCCGGGGCCGUGGAGGCACAGCUGCCUCGGAUGACGAAACGCUGGAGGAGCUGCAAGCGGCCGUGACUUGCCAGCUGCCGGGCUGGGUGGAGCGGGAGGACACAGCCGCCAUCAGCAACGCCUUCCGCAAGGCCGUGCAGUAUCGCUCGGGCAAUGGAGGCGCCGCCACGGCAGCUCGCAUCCGCUCCGGCAUCAUUGCUGACCUCUCAGCCGCCUAUCUGCCCCUGGUGCCGCGCAUUCGGAAGCCGUUUGACUGCCGCAUGCCGCUGUGGGCUUUGGGAAAGGCUGGGAUUGGCAGCAAGGGCCCAGAGGUGCAGCUGGCGAAUGCAUUGUUGCAGCGGCUGCUAGACCCGGCAGUCAUUGCGGCGGCAACCGCCAUGGACCUGUCUCUUGCGCUUUACGCGCUGGGCAAGCUGCGUGAAGGCUGGCAGCAGAACGGCGAAGGGUGGGAUCAAAGCCUUGGCAAACUGACGGAUGCAAUAAAGACCAGGCUCACGGCGGCAGUCGGGCACGGCUUCAACGCGCAGGACGUGUCCAACAGCCUGUGGGCGUGCGCCAAGCUGGGGCUCGCGGACGCGGACCUGCUGCAGCGACUUGCAGAGGCGGGCGCGGCGGUUGCUGGGGAUAUGACACCACAGGCACUCAGCAACAGCCUCUGGGCUCUAGAGGCUCUGGGGUGCACGGGGCCAGCAUACCGGGCAGCGGUUCAGGUACUGUGCGGGGAGGCGCUGCGGCGGCUCCGGACACCCAAGCUCGCUGAAGCAUUCAAGCCACAGGACUUGUCGAACAUCCUGCUGGCGCUGGAGGGGCUGCAGCUGGGCAGCGAGCAGGCACAGUUGGUGUCGGCGGUGGCGGCAGAGGACGUGCGGCGGGGCUUCACAAGGUACAACUCUCAGGACAUCAGCAACUCCACCUGGGCCCUCGCCAAAAUGGGGUUCGGCGUGGGCCCGGAGGCGCCGGCAGAGCAGCGGCAGUGGGUCACAGCAGCCCUGGACGCAGCUAUGCGGCCAGGCACAAUGGCGACAGCAACACCACAGAAUUGGUCCAACCUGCUGUAUGCGCUUUCGGUAAUGCGCCACCAGCCGCCGCCAGUACUGCUAGACGCGGGUGCAGCGGCAGCCAUGCGCGCCAACAGUGUCAAUGGCCCGCAGGACUGCGCGAACACGCUGUACGCGCUGGCGGUGCUGCAGCUGCGGCAUGCCGGUUUGGAGGCGGCGGUGUGCGGCCGGCUGGGCGAGCUGCAGCAGGAAGACCUGGAGUCACUGACUGAGCAAGGUCUGGCAAACAGCCUAUGGGCCGUGGCCGUGUUCGGAGAAACGGGUUCUCCGGCCAUGCAACAGCUAGCAAUGCAGCUGGCACGCGACGCAGCAAUCCGUUGGGAGGAGUUUGCCGACGAGGGCUUGACACAGUUGUGGCAGGCGCAGCAAGCGCUAGGCGGCGAGGUGGCGGCGGCCCUGCGCGGCAACAGGAGUCUGCAGGCGGCGAUGGAUAAGGCAGUGGCGACGUACCGGGAAGAUACCAAGCACCUGCCGGAUGACCAGAAGCAGCUCCUCGCAGCGCUGCGGCGGCUUGAGCAGCACGGGAGGGAGACAGCAGGAGGCCUUGCCGUCCAGUCCGUACAAACAGGCGUUGUUGCGCAAGGCGUGUUGACCCCUGUGGAUGCGGUGAUGGGGCUGGUUGACGGGCGGCAGGUGGCAGUGGAGAUGCUCGGACCGAAACGCUUCAUCUACAACCGUAAGCAGGACGAUCCCACCGCUGUGAACGGCGGUACAGGCAUGCGCAAUCGGCAGCUGCGGCGGGCGUUUAGCGAGGGCGGCGUCUUGCUGGUGCCGCACUGGGAGUGGGAGGGCCUGAAGAGCCCGGAGGAGCAGGAGGCCUACCUGCUGCUGCGGCUGCAGGAGGUGGCUGCGGCUGCAGAAACCCAGGCGGCGGCGGCAGCAGCUCAGGGGGCAGGGAAGACCUCAGCUCGCACAUCGGCGGCAGGCGCGGCCGCUGCUCCUGCACCUGCACGCCCCGGUAGCAGCGGUAGCAGUAGCAGCCGCGGCGGCCGUGGCGGCGGCAGUCCUGGCAGCCCCCAGCUGCUGACACGGCCCCCGCGGCGGCGCGUUUGAGUGGUUGCAGGGUUGAAAUGAACAAGCCGGGUUGUGUUGCCUGCAAAGAGGCUGUUGAAUGGUGCAAGGAUGUUUAGGAGAGGAUCAGGGCGUACACGCGUGUUGCGGCGUUUCUGCGGGUUGUAUGUGUGGGAACUUGGUGGACGGCGGCGGUUGGCGCACAUUGCUUGAAACAUCAUGCACGGCACGGCUAUGUAUGGGCUGAGGUCGAACACCAUGAUAACUAGGUAACGAUUGCUGCAGCUGGUCAGCGGGCGGUUUGUGUUUGCAUGUGGUGUUGUCGCUGGCCCGCUUGUUGGAUCGCCGCCGCGGGCGGGACAGGCGGCGUCAGGGCGAGCGAGAGAGUUGCAAUCAUGAGUUGUACUGGUCAAGGAGAGACAUGACGAGUUUGAGAGGCUGUAUUCAUGUGAGACUGCCGGUAGGGGCGGCGGCGAGUAGCGCCUGUGCACGUGUGAGAAUCCACGUGUAUGGGGCCACCUAAGCCGUGUAUGGGGGAUAGUCCUCUGGUCAGCUGCAGGGGAUGAGAAAAGGGGAUUCCAAGCAAGUCCCACACAUGCAUGUGCGGGGAGCUGGCCUUCUGCGGCUGUGGGAGGGGUAGUGGCGUGCAGGUGUUCUGGGUUGCAAGCGGGAAUCCGGUACAGUUCAUGUUGUGAUUCGCAAUGUGCAGAUAGAUGUAGGGACUACGAGAGGGGGAGUAAGUCAGGGCCGCAGUGCCGCCCCUGGAGUUAAGGGCGAUGGAAAGGACUGACCAGCCGCCUCGCCACAGUGCAAGUUCUGACGAGUCUUGGGUUGAGGGAAAGGAGUACGGUAUGUGCUAGGGAGCGACUUCACGCGGGGACUUCAACUGUACGAGACCCUGCGCCGUACAUAGCACCCCUGUCUAGCACUCUAGCGCCCCCAUGGGGCAAGUUACGGGGUGCCCUGAACCGCGCGUGUCCCCCGUGCGCUGCGCUCCGCUGGAGGUUGGCGGGGCUGCAUCAUAAUACAUGAGAGCCCAUGUGGGCCAAGCAGAACCAUCAAGGCCGUACAAGGGGAGGGGCCAUGGUCGCAUGUAGUCCUGGAUUGGGGCUGCGAAGUGGAAGACCCAUGUAUACGGGAGGAAGGCCGCCAACCAGAAAGCCGCGUGCGGCACUUUGCUUCUGGAUGGAGAUUGGAGAGGCGUGCAGGGGUGGGGGCUUGGGCGCAAGCGGGCAGGCGCGAUGCGUGGCAAAGCUCACGCCCGGCGAUUGGUGCAGUGACUGCAGUCGCAACCCUGCAGGUAGGGACCGUGAGAGUGAGAGGGGGAAGGAGGCUGUUAGCUAGCUGCGAGGCACACGGACCCACAGAGGCUGCCGUACGUUAUACUGUGCC